CAAAUCCCCCAUCCCGAUCCCCAAAAUACAUUUCUAUCCUCAAAAGAAAUUCCUCAGUUCAAAAACAGUAAUCGUUCCAUACACAACAAAUCAGUCCCCAAUAAACCAUUAAAUCCAAAGCCAUCCAAAUCCAACACAACACAUUUCCUGCCUCAGGUAACUAAAUUAAGGCACAAUACACGUGACAUUGGACAUCAACAAUUCCAAUUCAUCCAAUGAAUAUAUAUCUCUCCAACCAUCAACAUUUAUACCUCCUCCAAAAAUCCCCAAAAUGACCGACGCAGCACGCUGGAAAGCAACAGUCUACAUCGGCGGUCUCUCCCCCUUAGUCAACACCGACAACCUCCAAGCCGCAUUCCUACCUUUCGGUGAGAUUACAGAUGUUUCGAUCCCGUGAGUCCCCCCGCCCCCCCCCAACAUCAAAAUCCAACCAAAACCAAAAAUCAAUAAAAGAUAGAUAAACUAAUUUGGAGGUAGUAAAAACGACACCCCCAACGCCCAAGACCCCCACCGAGGCUUCGGCUACGUCGAAUUCUCCAACGCAGAGGACGUCAAAGACGCAAUCGAUAACAUGGAUCAAUCCGAGUUAUUCGGCAAGGUGAUUAAAGUCUCUGCUGCGAAGCCGCCGAAGAAUGUGAAUGAGGGGUUGGGAAGCAAGACGGCUUUGUGGGAACAGGUAUGUUUAUCUUUAAGUUUUAUUUUCUUCUCUUCGUAUUUUGAAGGGAAGAUGUCUUGUUUUAUGUUUGAAGUGGAAGGGCAUUUGUUGAUGUUCUAUGGUAGGAGAGCUGGCUGGCGGAAAAUGCUGUGAGUGAGGAGGAUAAGUUGGUCACGGAGAGGGCGAGGGCGGGUGUGGAGGAGAGACCGGAGGAUCCUAUGCAGGGACUUGAGGGGUUGGAUGUUGCUGGUCCACGGCCGGAGUAGAGAGGCUAUUACUGUAUCGUCUUUUGAAAGGGAUUGUAGGUGCAUGGUAUUGGCGUUCUGAGAGCUUGGAAGGAGUACAAAAUAGGAGUUUUUAUGAGGACGUAAUAGCACGUAUUGAGAAAAAAGAAAAGGCAAUGUCAAAUCCAUCUGGUCGACGUCUUCGUAUUGAUAAAGCAUACCAGUAUCAGUACUACUUUGGUUUGUACACUCCCACCACCGGUAUCCAUCCAUCCC